AUGAGAGAAGUCCGAUGCUCGCAGCAAUCGGUGAACACGAACGGCACAGCGAACAUAAAAGCCCGCAAGUCCGUUAUGGAUUCGUCGCAAAGUAGCGACGGGUUCUUAAGGAUCUACCAGGUGGAGAACCUGGAUAGCCAGAACUACGGAGCGCUUUUCCUGGAUGUCAACGUUGACCAGGUGGAGGACCUGCACAGCCAGAAUUACGUAAAAUUAGUCCUGAAGGUCAAAAGUGACCAGGUCAAGAACCUGGACAGUCAGAACUACGGAGCGCUUUUCCUGGAUGUCGAAAUCGACCAGGUGGAGGACCUGCACAGCCAGAAUUACGUAAAAUUAGUCCUGAAGGUCAAAAGUGACCAGGUCAAGAACCUGGACAGUCAGAACUACGGAGCGCUUUUCCUGGAUGUCGAAAUCGACCAGGUGGAGGACCUGCACAGCCAGAAUUACGUAAAAUUAGUCCUGAAGGUCAAAAGUCACCAGGUCAAGAACCUGGACAGUCAGAACUACGGAGCGCUUUUCAUGGAUGUCAAGAUUGACCAGGUGGAGAACCUGGAUAGCCAGAACUACAAUGUCAACGCCAUUGGUUUCGAUGUAUGA